CAGGCGGAGCGCGGCCGUGCCCACGUGCCCUCACCCGGCAUGGCGGCCGCGGCUUCGGCUCCGCUCCCGUCGCGUCCGCUGCAGGAAGCGAAAGGGCGGGCGGCUGCCCGGAGUCGGCAUGGCGGCCAAAUGGGCCCGGCAGCGGCCGCGGGCAGGAGGAGGAGGAGGAGGAGGAGGAGGGGGCGGAGGGGAGGCGGCCCGCUCGCGGCCGGAGGCGGCGGGCGCGGAGGAGGCUCGGGCGGAGCCGUCCGGGAGCAAGGCAGGGCAAGUGUGGGCCCCCGAAGGAUCCACGGCCUUCAAGUGUCUCAUCUCGGCCAGGUUCUGCGCUGCGCUUCUCAGCAACAUCUCUGACUGCGAUGAAACCUUCAACUACUGGGAGCCGACACACUACCUCAUUUAUGGGAAGGGGUUUCAGACAUGGGAGUACUCUCCAGCCUAUGCCAUCCGCUCCUAUGCGUACCUGUGGCUUCAUGCCCUACCAGCUUUGUUCCAUGCUAGAGUCCUGCAGACUAACAAGGUUCUUAUCUUCUAUUUCCUACGAUGCUUCCUGGCAUUCCUGAGCUGUGUUUGUGAACUCUACUUUUAUAAGGCUGUGUGCAAGAAGUUUGGACUACAUGUGAGUCGUCUGAUGUUGGCUUUCUUAGUACUCAGCACAGGGAUGUUUUGUUCAUCAGCAGCUUUCCUCCCAAGCAGUUUCUGCAUGUAUACCACGGUUAUUGCCAUGACUGGUUGGUACAUGGACAAGACCUCUGUAGCAGUGCUAGGCAUAGCUGCUGGAGCAAUAGUGGGCUGGCCUUUCAGUGCAGCUCUUGGGCUUCCUAUUGCCUUUGACUUGUUAAUACUGAAGCAGAGGUGGAAAAGCUUCUUAAACUGGUGUGUGGUGUCAUUGAUCCUGUUUCUGGUGCCCCUGGUAGUUGUGGACAGCUAUUACUAUGGGAAGCUGGUAGUUGCACCUCUCAACAUUGUUUUAUACAAUGUCUUCACCUCCCACGGACCUGAUCUCUAUGGUACAGAACCAUGGUCCUUCUAUUUCAUCAAUGGCUUUCUGAAUUUCAAUGUGGCAUUUAUUUUGGCACUGCUUGUGCUACCACUGACUUGUCUCAUGGAGAGUCUGCUUCAGAAAUUUCAUGUUCAGAAUCUGGGCCGUCCCUACUGGCUGACACUAGCUCCUAUGUACAUUUGGAUCAUAAUUUUCUUCAACCAGCCCCACAAAGAAGAGAGGUUUCUCUUUCCCAUUUAUCCUCUCAUAUGUCUCUGCAGUGCUGUGGCUCUGUCUGCUCUUCAGAAGUGUUACCACUUCAUAUUCCAGCGCUAUCGCCUGGAGCACUACACGGUCUCCUCCAACUGGUUGGCACUGAGCACUGUCUUUCUCUUUGGCCUUUUGUCACUGUCACGCUCUGUUGCCUUAUUCAGAGGCUACCAUGGGCCUCUGGAUCUGUACCCAGAAUUUCACAGGAUUGCUACAGACCCAAGUAUUCACACUGUGCCGGAAGGGAGGCCAGUUAACGUCUGUGUGGGGAAGGAAUGGCACAGAUUCCCAAGUAGCUUUCUUCUGCCAGACAAUUGGCAGCUCCAGUUCAUCCUGUCAGAAUUCAGGGGCCAGUUACCCAAACCAUUUGCCAAGGGACCAGUGGCCACGCGGAUCAUUCCCACAGACAUGAACGACCAAAACAAGGAAGAGCCAUCUCGAUAUAUCAACAUUUCCAAAUGCCACUAUCUAGUGGACUUGGAAACAGCAGCUGAAACCCCAAGAGAGCCAAGAUACUCCUCCAACAAAGAGGAGUGGGUAACCAUUGCCUACAAGCCAUUCCUAGAUGCUUCCAGGUCUUCAAAGCUGCUGCGUGCGUUCUACGUCCCUGUCCUCUCAGAAAGGUACACACAGUAUGCAAACUAUACUAUUCUGAAAUCCCGAAGAUCAAAGCAAACCAAGAGAAAAAUGGGAGGCUAGCAACAUGCCUGGGUAACAAAACCAACUGACAAACUGGGACAGCUGUCUAAGCCUUCUUCUGUUUCCUUUCUGAAAGAUUGUGCUUGUAAGAUCCACUAAUAAAGAUUUCCAUGCAUACUCUGCA